GCGGGUGCGCGACACCGCCCCACCCCAUCCGCACACGCAAAUCUCGCGUCGCGGCCCAGGGAAACGCAGCCGCCUCGCGGUCGCGGAGCACACCGAGCGGCACGCCACUUUCGCCAGCCGCCGCCGGUGCGCGCGGUGGGGAGGGGAGUCCCAGCUCCUGAGCUUAAGCUAAGGGAGACCGCGGCCCCACGCGGCCUUUGCCGCAACCCCCUCGCCCUCUCCCCCCUACCAUGCGCGUCUCCUCCGCCCGCGACGCCCUCGCUCUCCCGUCGGACCCCCAGCUUCUGCGCCUCCUAGAUGGGGAGCCGCGACAAGGUCGGGUGCUCCCCGGCCGCGCUGCCCCUCGACCGCGUGCUGGCCACGUUCGCCGCCAACGCCGAGCAGCUCGGGAGGAGGUGGGAGGCCACCGUCCGCGGCCGAUGCGGGGAGGGAGCUCGAGCUGCGGGCGGGAAAGAGGAGACGAAGGGGGCGGAUAUCGCGAUGCACACGCCGCUGUUCUACGCCACCUGCGCCCUCGGCGGGAUCCUCAGCACCGGCCUCACCCACCUCGCGGUCACGCCGCUCGACCUCGUCAAGUGCAACAUGCAGGUGGAUCCUAGCAAGUACAGGGACAUCUCAUCUGGCUUUGGUGUCCUUCUCCAAGAGCAAGGUCUUGGCGGGUUCUUCAAAGGCUGGAUGGCCACGCUGGUUGGGUACAGCUGCCAGGGAGCCUGCAAGUUUGGGUUCUACGAGUUCUUCAAGAAGUGCUACUCCGACAUUGCUGGCCCUGAGCAUGCUGAAAAAUUGAGGACUUUGAUCUACCUUGCAGCUUCAGCGUCGGCUGAGGUGAUUGCAGAUGUAGCUCUCUGCCCCAUGGAGGCUGUCAAGGUUCGAGUCCAGACACAGCCAGGAUUUGCUCGAUGCCUGACCGAUGGACUUCCGAAGAUUGUCCAAUCUGAAGGUGCCUUUGGGCUUUACAAAGGACUUCUUCCUCUUUGGGGCCGCCAAGUUCCCUACACUAUGAUGAAAUUUGCUUGCUUUGAGACCAUAGUUGAGAUGGUAUACAAGCAUGCGGUACCAAAGCCGAAAGAUCAAUGCAGUAAGCCACUCCAGCUAGCAGUGAGCUUUGCUGGGGGGUAUAUUGCUGGAGUUUUCUGUGCUGCUAUAUCUCAUCCUGCAGACAACCUGGUGUCUUUCCUCAACAAUGCACAGGGAGCCACCGUGGCAGAUGCUGUACGAACCCUUGGAAUGUGGGGCCUAUUUACACGCGGCCUUCCUCUUCGUAUUAUUAUGGUCGGUACUCUCACAGGAGCGCAAUGGGCAACAUACGAUGCGUUUAAAGUCUUCGUUGGAUUGCCAACAUCUGGUGGAGUGAACCCUAGCGGUGCUGCUGCUGCCGCUUUGCACCAAGUGGAUCACGAAAAGCAGAGCUGACUGCACUGAGAAGGUCUUGUGCUGAGCUAUCCAUCACCGAAGUAUAUUAUCGCGAUUCCUCUGAUUUUCGCAAGAGCUUGAACAUAGGAGGAUGAGGUGUUAAUGCUAUGUUUAAGUUUUAGCCGUAGAGCAUUCACUUUCAAGGGCUUUUGUUGCUACCCCUUGAAUGACAGAAAACUGUAAUGAAUGAAUUGCCUUUAGAAAUGCAUUUGGCACAUUGGCAAACUGAGCUGUUGUUCGAAUGACACUUUUAAAUUCUCGCCACUAUUAGCCUGUGAGCCUGUCCCACGGUUCCAGUGUCCUCAGUUUAUCAGGGUCAGACUUCUGCUUGUGCAACGUGGUGAUCUGGUUUGAAGAAGGAAGAAUUCUAAGCAUGGAACAUGUAUCUAGCA